UGUGUCUCUGAACACGCCCCGAAAUCAUGAGCGCAUGCGCAGGGUUCGAGCAACACACGUGUUGUUCUGGGCUGUGAAACGCACGGAGUGAAGAAGUGACACAGCUCCAAGAAGACUUACCGCAGAUGACACUUUAUAAAUUAACUAUUAAGGUAUUCCCUGUUUUUUCUUCACAAUGACGUCAGAAAAGACAUCUUAUGUGAAAGUGACUCUAGCUGCAACCAGUGAUGAUGAUGAGGAAGUAGCAGAGUUAAAGACAGAGGCAGGUGAAGAAGAUGCCAAUGACACUGUGAUCUCAGCAGAGGACCACGGCGGUGGUGGUCAGGAUGAGGAGAGUGGCUCAGAGGUGGACGAUGAGGAUGAUGGAGAUGAAGAGGCUGAUAUAGCAAAUGUUGAAGAGGACCAAGGAGAGGAAGAGCCUAUGGAGGAGGAAGAGGAGGAGACACAGAAAAAGGGCAAGAAGACUAUGCCGGGAAUAAUCUAUAUCGGACACAUCCCUCCCAGGCUGCGGCCAAGAUACCUGCGGACCAUGCUCAGUGCUUACGGAGAAAUCGGGAGAAUUUUCCUAAUGCCUGAAAGUAAAUCAGUGCGUAGGAAGAAGAAGAAGAAGUCUGGCAGCAGAGCUAGCAACUUCACAGAGGGCUGGGUGGAGUUCAGAGACAAGCGCAUUGCCAAGAGGGUGGCCCUCACCCUCAAUAACACCCCCAUAGGAAACCGCAAGAGGAGCACCUUCGCCGCUGACCUAUGGGCCAUGAAGUAUCUGCACAGGUUCAACUGGUGCCACCUGAGCGAGCGGCUGGCAUACGAGCAGACGGUGUACCACCAGCGCAUGCGGACGGAGAUCGCCCAGGCCAAGAAGGAGACCAGCUUCUACCUGGCCAGCGUGGAGAAGAGCGAGACCCUGGACCGCAUCCGCAAGAAGAAGGAGAAGAAGGGCGAGGCGGUGGAGGAGAGGAGCUGGGACUUCAAACAGCGGCGCACGGAGGAGGAGAUCCAGCAAGGAAAGAAGAAUAAGAAGAACAGUAAUAAGGGUCUGUCACAGAAGACCCUCCAGAAGGCCCAAGAGAAGGCUAAAGCUAUUCAGCAGAAGGCCCAGUCCAACACCUCGCUACUGGCUAAGAUCUUCAACAGUGGACGGGCACAGAAUAGCUAGUGGGAUCUCUGUGAAGUCACUCAAACUUUUCAGAAUGAUUUAGGUUAUCCCUUGAACUUUUGCCACACAGUUUCAUGUCAAAAUGGCUAUGAACUAUGGGAUCUUAACCUCGUAAGUCACAUUAUAUCCAGACUCUCUGUGAAGACGCUCAUAAACCUUUGGAUGAACUUCUGAAUUGACUUAUUUUUGCAUCUUUGCAUAUGUUUGCAUCUUCAACUUUUUCAGUCCCAGUGGUUUUUCAGAUGAACCUAUCUCACUUCCGUGCUCAGGAGAAACCAUUGGAAUAUUUGUCAUGGAACACUCGCCUGUCUUAUCUGACAAAGACUGUUUUGGUACACAUGUCACACAAAGGGAGUGCAUAAGUCUUUGCCAUGUGUGUUGUAAUAACAGUGUUGACUGCUGGGUUUUAUGUGAACAUGAACCACAUUUCAGCUUUUCUAACUACCAGUGUCAGUGAAAUCAUAUGCAGAUACAAAUGAUUAAAUACAAAUGCAACAAAAGUUAUACAA